CUCAAAAUUUGGUUCAGCUCAGCAAAAAUGGCAGGCUGCUGUUGUAGUCCUCCGGCGGCGCUAAAUCCCUCGGUUUCACUGAUUCUGCGCAAUUCGAGUCUAUCAUUGUUGGAAAAAGUUCAACUUCCUAGAAGCUGUUUCAUGAAAUUAUCCGAAAGAGGAAAUUUCUCAGGAAAUGGCGGAUUUCAUCUAAACCAAUGUACGCGGCAUUGCACAAGAGUGUGGGUGUCAGAGGCGGGAAGCGAGUACGAAACGGAGGGCUAUGAUUCUAGCGAAGAGCGCGGGGUUUUCGGAGAAGAGAAGGUACCAAAAACGGUGGGGAUUGGGCAGCCGCCGCCUCCUGUGCGCCGCCGUCUCCGGCGGUAUCGGAAAGAGUAUCCUGGGGAGAAGAAAGGCAUUAGUGAGGAGAUGCGGUUUGUGGCUAUGAAAUUGAGAAACGACAAGAGCAAGAGGAAAGGUACUUCUACUGCUUUAGGGGAGACCGAUGAGGAACAACGAGAAUCCAUCAUGUCUGAGGGUAACUCUUCUGAAACAAAUGGCAAUGAUGAAAAAAUUGAAGAAGCUUGGCAGCCAAGCGUGGAAGGUUUUCUGAAGUAUUUGGUGGAUAGUGAGCUGGUUUUCAGCACAAUCGAACGGAUUGUUGAUGAAUCAAGUGAUGUUUCCUACGUUUAUUUUAGAAAGACUGGACUAGAAAGGUCCGCCAGCAUUUCCAGAGACUUGGAAUGGUUUAGGGAGAGGGGGAUUGUUAUUCCAGAGCCUAGCAAUCCGGGCGUCGAAUACGCCAGAUACUUGGAGGAGCUUGCGGAGAAGACCCCUCCAUUAUUUUUCAGCCACUUUUACAACAUAUAUUUCUCUCACAUUGCCGGUGGAAAAGUGAUCGCCAAACAGGUAUCGGAUAAGCUGUUCGAAGGAAGGGAGCUGGAGUUCAACAGAUGGGAUGGAGAUGCAGAAGAACUGUUGAGAGAUGUUCGGGAGAAGCUUAAUGCCCUCGGAGAGCAUUGGACUAGAGAUGAGAAAAACAAAUGCUUAAAGGAGACAACUAAAGCAUUCCGUUUUCUUGGCCAGAUUGUUCGUUUGAUCAUCCUUAUCUAAAACCACAACAAUUCUUACCACACUUUUAGCAUCACAAAAAAUCUGUUACACCCUAGAGCUACACUGGCAAUAACAUAACGGCGCUGCCUGAAACUGCACCUACUGUCAUAAAUUGCCCGGAAACUGAUGAAUUCAUGGCAUUGUUUAUGCAAUAAAAAGUUAGUUUUUGAGGUCAAACAGGAAGGCCUCUCUUUCAUAUCUAUCUUCAGUUGUGACACAGAAAUCUUUAUGAUUUGGGUUGGGCACAAAUGUGAAGUGGCCUACAGCUGCAAUACUUCUGGCAAGCAUUUCUUGGCCCUUUUGGCAAUGCCAGGAAGAAGAAAACUUUAUUAAAAAAACAGGUCUUCAACAACAUUAAUUUUUAGAAAUGGGCUUUCAACCAUGUUGAAAGAAGGCAAAAGGGUUGGCAGUUGUUGUAAUAAUAAAUAAUGAGCUGAUAACAUCAAGAACAAGGAGGGAUCUCUUGAGGACAAACAUGAUGAAGGCGAAGAACCCUAACAGUCUCAUAUCAAGGCAUCUUUUUGCAGAAGAAAUUGCCAGACCCAUUUUGGCGUUG